AAUCAUCAAACCGAAAACAUUACAAAAUGGCUGAUGACAUCUUCUGCCAUCCUGGAUGUCAUGAUCGGAGCGGUGAGCAUGCCGCUGGGAGUCUCGGAGCUCGUUCAUAACGGCAGGUGGACUCUUGGAUGGGAGGUUUGUAGAAUCCGACUUCCGUUGUCCUUCGUCUUCAGCGGGAUUCUGGCAUAUCACGUGAUGUGUUUGUCAGUUGACCGAUACUUAGCUGUGUGUAAGCCAUUUCUGUACAAGCGUCUUCCUACAAGAACUGCAUACGUAAUGAUUUUUUUAUCAUGGAUCAUCCCUAUCGCUUGUGUCAUGAUACCUGUCUUUUCUGGUAUCACCCGCCUUGGUGUUGAACAUAUUAUCGCAUGCAUCGAAAAGCAUGACAUUUGUGUAACGGCUUACAACAUACCCGCCAUGAAGACCAUAACGUCGCUGCUAUUUUAUCUCCCAUUCGUCGUUACUUACACGGCGUAUGUGUUUAUACUUCUGGCUGUCUGGAGGUUUAACGAACGCAAGAAUACGUUUAUGGCUCAAGGUAAGCCUUGCUCGUACGAUGACCAAAUCACCUGUUGUAAUGAAUCCUCUAACCUUUGACACCAUCAACUCCGAAAAAGAUAUACACGAUUCUCCAAUUUCAAGAAAGACCACGGAAAAAAGUGAGAGCCAAGAGCAAGAAAAAGUUAUGUUCAGGGCGACGUCACAGCCGACAAGGGCGAUCGUUACAAAGACUAGCCCGAAUAAAAAAGCCAACUUGAUUGUUGGUUGCAUGAUCGCCUGCUACACAAUUUCCUGGCUUCCCACUUGGGUACUGGGGCUGGUCAUUUCGCUGGAGGUUCACGGUGUGCCAUAUGCAUGGUUCCUUGUCUGUUUUUGGCUUGCGUCUUCAAACGCAGCACUGAAUCCUAUCGUCUUCUGCUUGAACAAUUCCAUCAGACAAACGCUUUUUCAGCUGUUUUUUCUUUCGAAAUAUAAUAAGAAGAAUUAA